AUGUCUCGUCUAUGGCAUAGCUUAGCGGCUAUUGCUACGCUUGGGAGCUAUGCCCUUGCGACUCCCCAUGGACAUUUGCCGCGAGGACAUGCACACAUGCACGCGAAGCACUUGACGGAACGAGAUGAUUACAUCGAUUCUUCAUUUGAUCAAUCAGAUCUUUCGUUCAUCAAACGAAUGGCCGCAGUGGGAGACUCUUAUUCGGCUGGAAUUGGUGCCGGUGACAGGCUUGGAAAUAUUGGGGAGGCACUUAGUUCGGAGAGUGUCAUAUCCCAGGUUCUGAAUGACCAGAUCCCGAACAUUGACUCGAACCAGCAAGUCAUCAUGCUAUCUGCCGGUGGCAACGAUGUCGAGCUCUCCAACAUCCUGAACCAGUGCAUCUACCAAUGGGCCGUAUUCAACUCCGCCCAAGUAACAUUGGCCAAGGCAGCAGCUCUUGCCGACCCGCGCUUCAAAUGGGGAGAGGGCUUUGACUGGGACUCCUUGGGCCUUGGCUGCGAUGGGCAGCUCGCUCGCACCAAAAAGCUCAUUGAAGGAGAUGCGUUCAGCAAGAACUUGGAUUCUGUUAUUGCGGCGGCGAAGAAAAAGCUGGGCAAAGAUGGUAUGAUCUAUUACACUGGCUAUGCCAAAUUCUGGGCCGAAGAUCUGUCACCGGCGUGUGAUAAAGUUAGCUGGUCAACUUGGAUAUAUGACUCGCAGACACUUACCUCGGCUCAUCGGAAAACAAUGAAUGACCUUGUCGAUGCCGUUAACGCGAAGAUUUCAGCUGCAGUCAAGAAAGCUGGAUCUCAGGUUGAGUUUGUCGACUAUGACUCUUACGUGGGCUACUACGGUGGUCGAUUCUGCGAAAAGGGUGUCGACGAAUCAACCACAGAUAGCAACACCAGAACCGGCCUCAUGUUCUACGAGCUCAACACAUGGGAUCCCCUCGGUUCCAACCCCCGGAAGAGAAGCUACGACGCACCCAUGAACGGAACCUUUGAGGGCUCCGUGAACCAACUCGCACAGAUUACACUGCUGGUGGAUCCCAACGCGAAGUUCUCGGACAAGGACUCGAAUUCGAAUGCUGGCACUGCUGCUGCAUCGCUUGAGGUGUCGAAGGUAGCUACCAGUGCUAAGGUUGCCGAUGUUGAGGUUCCGAAUGUGUUGCCAGACGGAUACGGGCGUGUUUUCCAUCCACAGAUCUUGCUUCAUAAGAUCAUUUCCGGACUGGUCAUUUACAAGAUGAUCGAUCAGAACUUGGAGACUAAUGGGUUCACAUCACUGCCAGAGAAGAUUUCUUUCGACUCCUGUCCUUAUUAUUCGGGAUCCGGAGGCUCUGGGAAUUCAGGUGGUCAGCAAAUUGGGCUGGCAUCGUACAUCAACCCCCUGGCCGACCCCGGCGCAUGGGACCGAAUGAUCGACUACCCAGCAGACAAGGUGAGUGUGUUGGUGGCCAACGUUCUGAACGGCCCCGACACGAGUGUGAACGAGGACUGGAAGAAGGUCAUUAAAAGGGCCAAAGAUGCCGGUAAGACUGUCCUUGGCUACGUACGCACAGGAUAUCUCGGCGUCAGUCAAAAUCAGUUCACCACGAGACUUGGUUCGACCACCCUUGCAGACUGGACCUCCCAGAUCCAGAGCGACGUCGACUUGUGGUAUGAGCUGUACCCUGACAUGAUCGGGGGCAUCUUCUUCGACGAAGGCUUCAAUGAGUGCGGAGAAAACAACAUAUACGCAAAUCUGUAUCGCUUCAUCAGCGACACUACGAAGCGCAAGCACCCCGGCGCGUUCACCGUUCUCAACCCGGGUGCUACCAUGCCGCAGUGCUUCGAGCAUAGUGCCGACACCCUCAUGACCUUUGAAAACAGCUAUGAUACAUAUAUCAAUAGCUACGUUGGCAACCCCGACUGGACUCCCGAAGACCCGCGUAAACUCUGGCAUAUCAUCUACAACGUACCGUCAGACAGCGUUGCCCACGUUACGUCUCUGGCCCUCGAGCGUGGUGCUGGCCUGAUCCACAUCACUGAUGACACUCUCCCCAAUCCAUACGACACCCUGCCUGCCGACGACUACAUGCAGACCAUCAUGAAGGCUGUCGAUGGUGGCGGACCGGCCGUUGCAGACCCUUCCUCUUAUUCAAACACCGGCUCAGCUGCAUCUGUACCCAGUGGAUUGAAGGUAACUGCCUCCGAUUAUUCCUCCGUCAGUCUGAGCUGGUCCGGCUCCGGGUUUCCCUACGCAUACGCAGUCUACCAGGAUGGAAAGGAAGUCGUGCGUCUCCUCGGCUCAAUGACAGAAGUCACCAUCGGCAAUAUCAAGCCCGGAUCCUCGAUGUCUUUCACUGUCCGCGCCAGAAGCGCCACUGGAAAAGAAACCGCAGACUCGAACUCCGUCAAAGCCACGACCGACGAACUUCCCAACAAUCAAGCCAUCACCAACGCAAAAGUCUCCUCCACCGCCACCUCAACCACCAUCCAAGCCGACGUCCUCGUCCCCUUCGCCUUCCUGCGCGUCUUCCUCACCGACCCCGACACAAACUGCCAGAUGCCCGCCUGGCCCAUCAACUACAACCUCGGCAACUACAUCUGCACGCACCACAUGGUCGAAGGCGAGAACUUCUUCCAAUACAGCGGCGCGAAGCUUGCCAAGGGCGAAACCAACUACCCCUGGUCGUGGAGCCCGCAAGGCUCGGCCCCCGUCUCCCGCGACGGCUACACCUACACCUGGAAACUUCCCAUCGGGUCCUCGUCCGUCGACCCGAACUACUUCGUUGUCGAAGGACAAGGCUAUGGCCCUCUCACCAACAUCUUCCACCCCUGCCCCAGCACCUGGAGCGACAGCACCACAGCCACAGGCGCUUACUGCACCGGCAAAGGGCCCUACGACUGCAAAGGCGAGCCGCUCUGCAGCACGAUGAACGUCAAGUUCUGCGACAAGGCCGUGAACCAGAUGCAGCGCGGGUCGAAGAUCUACACGGCGAAUGGCGAAGCGCUGGCCAUCUCCGGGAACUGCUGGGCGAACUGGGAGCAGUUUGGCUGCAAGGUGACGGUCCGCGGCAAGGACGAGAACGGCAAGAAUUGUCAGAUCACCGGCGAUGAGAUGUGGGAGGCCUAUCAGGAUAUACGCAAGAACGGGGGCUGCAAGAAGUGUGGCACGAAGCAUUUUGGGAAUGGUUGUCUGGUCAGUGUGGAUUAUUAUUAUGGGUGUAAUAAUCGGGACCCGGGGGUUAAUUCGAUCGAGGAUUAA